AUGUCAAUGCGCCUACACUUCAAAGGCGACAAGCCGGAUAAGAAGAAGAAGAAGCGCUCCCACAGGCACGAAGAUGAAGAUCGAGGCGAGGGAUCGUCUCGCAGGCGCAAGAGCAAGAGGGAUGAAAAUGAUAGCGCCGAGUCUGACGUAGAGGAUGUAGGAGGGGACGAGACUGCUUGGGUCCUCGCGCAGCGUCCUGAGGAUCUCACAGGCCCUCUGCUCCUGUACCAACGAUUGACAUCUUCCUCACGGCUCAUCGCAGUCACCCUCAAUCCCACUAUCACUCGCAUGGACCUCAGCACGCUCCCUCCUCCCCCUUCCCUCUCCACCUCGCUAGCUGACCUACCGCCGGAGGCCGUAGAGGGAGCCACGAUCGUCGACUCGGCUGAGGGGGUAGCAACUGGAGAUGGCAGCGAAGACGCUGGCAUCGGCCCUUCGUCCAUGCAGCAGGUUCUCGUAGCCAACAGAGUGCUGGAUACGGUAGAUCCGCCCCGCUUCACGCUGAGGACAACACAGCACCGUUUCGUAGGCGCGGAUAAGCAUGGCGCUGUACUCUGUUCCGCGGAAGCCCGCGGUCCGCAAGAAGAAUGGGCAGUUGUCAGCGCAGGCUACGGGUCAAAGCUAGCGUUCCGCAAUCAUGUACACGGUACCUAUCUCUCAUGGGAUGAGAUCGCAGGUGGGAAGCUCGUGCUGCGCUGUGACUCGCAGGACCUCAAUGGGGAAGGUGACGCUUGGAGCGCCAAGGUGCAAUGGAAGUUUCGGCACAAUGCUCGCAAGGCUGAGCGGGCGAGGGAGAUCGGCAAGGGCGGGCUUGUGGGUGUGGGGAAGAAGUUGAGGAUCGAUCAAGGGGAGGUGGACGAGGCCUCGCUCAGCAAGUCUCGCCAGGGUCACUCGCUAGGCAAGGUCAUGACAUAUUCGUCGGGCGACGCGAGGAGUGACCGCAAGGCGUUGAAGAAGGCACAGAAGGAGGGGAGGGCGGCAGAGGAGCUGCUUGAUCGCCGCGUCAAAAUGAAGAGCGACAAGUUCGCGUGA